AUUUUAGAAGUGGAAGAAGCAUAAUGGUUAUUGGUUGUGUGAAUCAAGAAUCAAUUAAAAAUCAAAUACGCCUGUAUUACACAAUUAAGUAGAAGUUCUUUUUUGCGAUUUAAGUCAUUCAUUCUUUAAAUUAGGUAAAUAUUUAAAACAUGGAUACUGAUAGUAGUGAUGAAACUUUAUAUAUGAUGAGACCGACUAGAUCAUGGUACCAAUAUAUAACUGUUGAACCAGUUAUGUUUUUCUACAUGAUGGCAUUCAUGAUAACUAAUGUGAUUGAGCAAACAUUUUACUUGUUCCGGGCAUGCACAGUCAAUCAUGGUUACAGUGUGGAUAUAUGUUAUAACAUUAGCAGUUAUGACACAAUUAAUAAGGAAGUACAAGUAACAACGUCUCUCUUUCAUCAGUGGAACGGAGUAGCAAUGCACAUGAUACCUGUGGUGCUUGCCUUCUUCCUCGGUGCCUACAGUGACAAGCGCGGCAGAAAAGUCAUACUCUUAUCGGGAUUACUUGGGAAGUUAUACUUCUCUUUAAUGAUCACAUAUAUUACAACAAACUCAUGGCCCGUGGAAUACGUGAUAUACUUUGCUGUGCUACCAAGCGCCAUUACAGGCACCGAUUUGGCGAUAUUUACUGGAUGUUUCGCAUAUCUUUCCGACGUUUCAUCAGUGGAAAAUCGGACCUUCAGAGUUGCUAUAUUGGACGCGGUGUAUCUAAGCACUAUGCCCACUGGGAUUUAUUUAGGAAAUCUAAUAUUCAAUCGUCUUGUGGACCGAUCGUUCACGACGAUGUUCGCAAUAAACUCCUGUCUAAUGGUAUUGGCGACGUUCCAUUGUAUCUUCUUCCUCGAAUGGCAGACAAGGAACGAGCAAAUGCCGGUAAGAGAGGCAGGUGUAAUCGAUUCGAUCAAGGAUUUCUUCAAUAUAAAUAAUAUCAAAGAAACGUGCGUAACGUUGACGAAGCAAAGGCCGAAUAAUAGAAGAUUGUUCCUCUGGUUCCUACUUGUGUCUAUGGCGUUUUAUACAUUUCAAAGGGACGAGAAGCCCGUAUUGUACUUAUACGCAUCAAAAGUAUUCAAAUGGGACACAAAUGAUUACAGUAACUUCAAAACCUACCUUAGUACCGCAUAUGUGAUUUUCACCCUCUUUGGAAUUCCACUGAUGUCCAAAAUACUUAUGUGGCGUGAUACGAUGAUAGUAAUGCUGGGUGCGGCUGCGCAUAUAAGCGGCCAUUUGAUAUAUGCACAAGCUACUCUUGGCAGCACCAUGUAUAUGGGGGCAACUGCAGCCGCAUUGGGGCCCUGUAUAGUGUCACUGCUUCGUUCAAUGGCCUCAAAGGUCCUUACGCCGGCUGAAAGAGGUGUUGCGUUCGCCUUCCUAUCGGUAAUGGAGAAUGCUGUGGGAAUGUUCGCGUCUAUUGUGUAUACGCAAAUCUACAACGCGACGAUCGGUACGCCGUAUAGUAACGCAAUAUUCUACUUCACUAUGAGCACACAGGCAGCCGUUUUCUUCUUAUCAUUAACCAUGGAGCUUUUAUUGAAAGGACAAAUUUUGGAGAGCCAAGUGAAUCAAGAUGAUACCAUUACUGAAAGCAUUUAAUUUGUUAAGUUAUAAAUUAUUAUAUAGAAUCUUAGGAAGGAUAUUUAUUCUCGCCGCCUCGUGACUCUUGCAGGUAUGGACUUAUCUACCUUCCGUAGAGAGCCAUGACCAGCCGCCACUCUACGCGUGGCUGUAUAGGUCCCAUAGCGGAAAUUCCAAAAUUAACCUACUCCUUGAGCAUAUCCAAAUGCGCGAUGCCAAAACCGGCGCGAUUAAAAAGCAUUACUCCGCCUCCAGGUCGUUUAAAUUGGAGGUUGCUACUUUGGAAAUCAUAUACCAGCAACGUGCUGUCCGCAAAACUUUAACAUGGACAUUCAUAAGUCUGAUGAAAUCCACCAAAUUAUUCUACCUAUUUGCUACUGAGUUGGUUCCGGCCCUAACGCGCCUUUACCGGUAACUAGUUCGACACUGUCCCGAAGUGCUGGAAGACCGCUUCAAUACAUCCGAUCCCCAAAAAUGACGAUUGCUCUGAUCCGUCCAACUAUCGCCCAAUAACCUAAUUGUUCUCCAAAAUAAUGGUAACCAUUAUUAACGGCCAUCUUCUGAGGUAUCUAGAGGGCUACCAGCUGAUUAAUAAUUAUCAGUAUGGCUAUUGUCGUGACCUUCUUGUAUACCUUACAUACGGCGGAGGCAAUUGAGUUCAAGAGGGAGGUGCUAGCGGUUUUGAAGCCAGCGAAAGCUUUCGAUUGGGUGUGGCGUAAAGCGCUUCUUUCGAAACUUUCGCAACCCCAACAAAUUAUGCAACUGGAUUUCCAGUUUUCUGGCCAUUGGGAACUUCAACAUCGUUAUUGACAGAGCAUGUUCCGACUUCAAACCCCUGAACGCUGAGGUUCUAUAGGGCUGCGUGCUAUCCCCGAGCCUUUUCUUCUGCAUAUCAAUGACAACAAUAAGAAUUUUUCAUUUUAGCAACAUUCACUGCUAUACUGACGACUACACUAGGGAAACACUGUACUGGCUGUGCAGAUAUUUCUUGGGCAGUUGUCGAUUAGUACUGGAACAAACUUGUAUCUAAAGUCUCAGAAUAGGUUCAAUUAAAUCUAGUCCAUUUUAAUCCCAAGACGAGACAAGCUUGCGCGGUUUCCGCUAAAAAAGACACCCUUUGUCGCUACUCUUCUCUUCUAUUUAUUCCAGUUUUUGCCUCGUAUCACCACAAUGUGGAACCAGCUAACUACUGAGGUAUUUCCGAACUAAUUCGACUUAGGGUCCUUCAAGAAAAGAGCUCUCUGGCAUGAUAGUGUUCAUGGGCGGCGGUAUCACUCAACAUCGGAUGAGCCUCCUACCUGUUUUCCGUCUUCUAUAAAAAAAUAUGUAAAUUUAGGAUAACUGUUUAGACGUAUAUUUAUUUUAGUGUAUAGAAACGCCAAAUAUUUUUGACCAAAAUAUAAUUCAAUAAACUUUAUAUCAUUUUAUAUUGGGAGAUUGUGAGAUUUUAGAUAUUUCGAACAGUAAGAAAACCGUUGUAAGUACAAUUAAUACCCGCAUUCGAUGCAUUAAUGAUAUAAGAUAUUAAAAAUCGUUUAUACGAGAUGUUGAAAAUAUUACAAUGGAUAAGUUUUCUUUGAUUAAUCCGAAAAUGCAAACCCGGCGACGGUAAUUGAGGAUCGGGGUAUGAUCCCGAUACUUCAACAGCUAAUUACGUGUAGCAUUACCCAGGAGCCACAUCGACCAUAAAACACCAGAAACCACAAUCCAUUCGAAUUUCCAUUUAAGAAGCUUUGGCCGAACGGACUGAAAUGAAAUAAAAGAAAUUACUAUUUACUUAUUAAUAAUAAUUAAGAGUAAUUAUAUAUCUUUUGUUAAUAUUAAUAAGAAAAUAGUGAUUUCCUGUCAAUGUCAAGAACACAAUCUCCCGCCAAUUUUUGAAAAUUAUUGUUAUGGAAAUUCCCGCCAAUUUUAGUUCUCUACAGCCCAUGGCUUUUAGUUUAGAAACUCGAAUAAUUAAAUUAUAUUUUUGUUCACAGAAUUUGUUGACUUAAGUAGGCAUUUUAUAUAUAAGACCAAAUCUAAUAUUACUUCAUAUGUCUGUUAAUGUAGUAUUUUUUUAGAAUAAGGCCAUGAAUUGUGAUCACUGUUGUGAAUUUAAUACGUUCCUAUUUUGUAUAUAUCUUUUAUCAUAUACUCUACAA